AUGCUUGAAUUUACACUUAAGUUUUUGAGUGGUGACAGUCGCAAGUAUGAAGUCGAUGAAUCGACAACUGUACGACAAUUUAAAGAACGAUUACGUGAUGAAUUAGAAAUUCCAACUGAACGACAACGUUUAAUUUUUCAAGGCAAAGUUCUACAAGAUGAUACAAAACUUAUCGAUAGCAAUAUUCAAAAUAAAACAAUUCAUUUUGUUGAACGUGCUGAACCAAUUCCACCAGCAGGACCUAAUAAUAGCUCUGGUGGUGCAUCAAAUAUGUCAGGUAAUGGUUCAAAUGAUGGUGGAAUGAAUCAAGCCAUGAUGGAUGAAGUUAAUGAAACAACAAGUAUUUUUAUAAAUGCUUUUCCAGGUGCUGCAAAUUUACAACCAAAUGAUAUACAAAGUUUAGUACAAAAUUUACUGAAUGAUCUUGGUGAUGUUGGACGGCAAGCACAAGUAAAUACAACAAUGGCUUCAGAUGGACAUGGUGUAGAUAUUAAUAUUGAUUUUGGUAAUGUAAAUCAAGUUUUAGAACAACAAGAAAUUAACGAACGUUUUCGUUCUAUUGGACGUAUGAUAACACGUCUUAAACUUCGCAUUGAUCGUAUUGAACAAAUUGUGCAGUCAAAUUUUCGUCUCUCACCUACUCCACCUCCGUCAACUUCAGAAAGAACAACAAGUCCAACUCGUGUAACUGCAACGACGACAACAACAGCAACAGCAUCAGCAGAAACAGCUCCUCAACCACCACCACCUACCUCAACCUCACCAUCAUCAACAACAUUUCUUGGCAUGGAAGAUAUAACAUCAACUGAAAUGGAUGCCGAAUCACAAGGUGCAAUUAAUUCAGCCGAAACACUUCAUACACCUCCAAGUACAACAAGUACAACUCCUGUAGAAAAUGCUACAACACCAACCACAACUAAUAAUCCAGUUAUAUCUACCCCACGAACAGCUCGUGAUUUAGCUGCAUUAAUGGAUAAUAUUGAAGUUGAACAACAUCGUUUACAAGCACAUUAUCAAACUUAUUUACGCACUAUAACACAGAGCGAUGCUUCUGAACAAGAAAUGGCUGGUCGUCAACGUUUCUAUUCAUUAUUUAAUGAAGCAACACAUCUAAUUGCUCAUAUCUAUCAUAAUAUAACAGAUUUUACUCUUGAUCUUAAUGAUCCAGCUGACACACGUUUAUUACAUUUGGGAGAAUUACCUAUUUCACAAGCUGGUCUUGCUUCAAUUGCACAAAAUAGUGCAGGUAGUUUAAUACCUGGUCAAGAGGCAGGAGCAAGAAUAAUCCCACGCACCUCACGAUCUAUUGGUCGACGACCGACAGCAGUAGCUACAGCUCGUAUUAUGGGUCCAAUACAAAUAUCAGCUGGAGCCAAUCCAGCUAUGAUGUCUGGAGAAUUUCGAAUGCCAUUUCAAAAUCCAAUGGGUCCUAUGCCUCGCAUGGUAUUUAAUACUACUCCACGACCAACAAUGCCUUUUCGUCCACCAACACCUACACUAGCUAAUAAUGGUGGUAUGCAACAAUCAAUGCGUUUCAAUUUAGGAACAUUACCAUAUACAUUCAUGCAAAUGGGUCCUGAUGGAAUAACUCUAAAUCAAGUUUCAGCAUCAGUUGUUGCAGAUGUACAAACAGCUAAUUCAUCAUCACCACAGCAAUCACCAACAAAUAAUAUGACAAAUCGAUCGAUGCCACCUAAUAUGUCUCAAGGUGGUGCUGGAACACAUGUUAUUUCAAGUGGUCCUAUUCAAAUAAAUGGUGGUCAAUUAGAUAAUAAUCUUGCUGCUGAAAUUGCUCAACGUGUAACAAAUAGUGUACAACAACAUUUUGCCCAAAUGGUUGGUCAACAAACAGCAAGCAAUACAAAUAGUAAUACUCAAUCACCGAAUAAUAACAAUAAUAAUCAAACUAUAGCCGAUACAAUAUUACGUUCAACAUUCGCUCUUCAACCAGAUUCAGCUUCAUCAGGACGUGAACGUAAUGAAGCAAUACGAUCACGUUCUGCUGAUUCACGACCAAGACCAAACACUAGUUCAACAUCAGGAACAACACCAAGUAUUGACGAUGAUGAUGCUGAUUGGGUCGAUAUGCCAUCAAUGGAUCUCCCUGUACCACCACAACAACUUCCCAAUCCAUCUCUAGCUGGAAUUCCUCGUCUUCGAGGACCAGCUAUAAUACAAUCAAUCGAUCGAAGUUUACCGUGUGCGUCACCUUAUUUUACUCAAACACUUCGUCCACCUUUUGAUAAUCCAAAUAAUGCCGCAAAUUUAACACCAAGUGAAGCAGCUGCAUUAAGUAAUGCAUCGAAUCGUGCUGUUAUAUUUGCAACAGCACCACAACAUCCACGUGGUCGUCAUCGUCAUCCAGCUGGACCAUGGGCACAACAAAAUCAACAACAACAACAAGCACAACAACAGAUGCAAAACUUUAUGUUAUCAUCACCUGGUGCACCAACUGGUGCUACUGUUAUUACACCUGCUGGUCAUGCUUAUAAUAUGACGGCACAUUCAUUUGAAAUUCCAAUGGUUAUAUCAACUACAACAACAACUGAAAUGCCACAACAACAAACUUCUAGUGAUAAUUCCCAACAACAACAGCAACAGCAACAGCAACAACAGCAGCCAUCGACAAACGAAGGCGAACAAGUUCAAAUGAAUGCAGUUAUUAGUCAAGUACUUUCACAGAUUAUACCUGGUGUUUUACGAAGUGGUAAUGGACGAGUUCGAUUAAAUAUUGGUCAAAACAAUCCGAACAAUCCUAACAAUCAAACUUCUCAAUCUACAACAUCUCAAUCAACUGGAACAAAUACUACUCAACAAGCAACAGCAACACCAAUGGGUACUAAUAUUCCAGGAGUUAUGGCUGGUGGUUUAGAUUUUUCAAAUUUUGCUCGAUCAAUUGGUAAUAUGGUACAAGGUAUAACUGGACGACUUAUUCCAGGAGCAACAUUAGUUAAUGCUAAUCCAUUCACAACAACUUCAACAGUAACAUCAACAACAACAUCGUCAUCAACAACAUCAAAUACAUCAACUUCAACACAGAAUACAGCACCAGGAAAUAAUGCUGAAGUAGAUAAUGUUACUGGACAAAUGUUUACAGAACUUUUACGUUUGUUGGGAGGUGGUUUGGAUAAUCCUGAAUUAGAUAAUCUUACUAUUGGUUCAUUUAUGCAACGCUUCGGUGAAGAUGUUGAGUCUCGAUCCACUGAUGGUACUAAUCUUAUUAGUGAAUUAUUUUCUACCAUGACAACACGUAUGCGUUUUACCGAUGUUUGGAAUCUUGUUUUGGGUAAUCCAGUUGGACCACGUAUUAAUGAAGCACGUCAAUCAGCAACUGAAUAUCUACAAAAUACUGUUCUUCAAGGACGACCUAUAACACCAGAAACACUUGAAGAAUUAGUUAAUAAACUUUAUGAAUCACUCUUAGAAGAAGCUUCAGUUAAUUUUAAUGAACUUCGAGUUAAACCUAAUAUUAAUUUAGCAAAUGUUAUGAAACGUUUCUUUCAACAUCAUGUUCGUAAAUUAUUACAUAUUUUAUUUGAUGAUCCUGGUAAUGUUUGGUUUGAACAUUUUCGACAACAAUUAAUUACAAUGCGUAAUGAAUAUUUAGCAUUAUCAUCACAUUGUCUUGAAGAUGGACAAGCAGCUGCGAUUAAUUUUAUUCUUAAUCGACAUCGUGUUAUUUUUCGUUCAACAAAUCCAAUGAUUGUAACAUGGUCAGAAACUUAUCUUCAUACAUCUUUAACAAAUGCAUUCAAUGCAAUUCGUUCAUCACCACCAAAUAUAUCAAGUUAUUUAAUAGAACCAACACCACCAAUUGUUGAACGUCCUCCAGUACGAAGUGCUGCUACACCAUCAUCUACAACACAAAUGAGUAGUAUAAUAAAUAAAACUGAUCAUGAACGUCAAGCAGCAACAACAUCAAAUGCAUCAUUGCAAGGAAAUUUACCUGAUGAUUGGAUUCCUAUUGUUAUUCGUGAUGUGAAUACUCAACAUAAUUCACCAUCACAAGCACCAUUUAGUGAUGUUUAUAAAGAAGGUAUGCCAGCUAAACGACGUCGCGUUCAUAUGCGUGAAGAUUUAACUUCAACACAUUUAUUACAAACAUUGGUUUUACGUGCAUCAUCAUCAUCAAGUUCAACAAAUAAUCAAACAUCAAAUGCAACAACAAAUACACCAGAAAGUGUUUUAACUGGUGAACCAGCUUCACCAGCACUUGUUAAUACAUUUGAACAAGAACUUAAACGUUUACUAGAACAACGUAUAAGACAAGAUCGAGAUUACCCUGAAGUACAAAAUCGUAUGCCAAAUACAAAACGUUAUUUAGAUGGAGACAAAUAA